AAGCUCUUCUCAAACAUACAGGAGAUCUACGCCGCCAACAGACACUUCUGGCACGACCACGUCUUACGCAUGCUAACCAAAGCCAGGAAGUCGCGUCAGCCACUGGACAUCACGGAGAUGCGGGAGGGCUUGCUCAGUUCGUUGCGCAAUGAAAAGGCGUCGCCUUUGGCUUGA